UGCAGGUCGGACGGGAUGAAGGGACGAGGCACAGUCUUCAUACACGUCCCCCGGGGUCACACCUCCACUAUCCUCGUCACUGGCGGCGGCGACACCCCUCUCAUCGUCACCCAGGCUGGGCGGACGAGCGGGCUACAGGAGGGCGAUGAGGUGGUAGGCGUCGACGGAGCUUCCACCACCCUAUGGAGCAGCAAACUCCUCCACCAGACACUCCGUCAGGCCUCCGAUGUCAUCCUCGAGGUGAUCAGGGAGAUGGGAGACAGCGUGGCGUCGGCGGUGGUGCGGCAGGAGGGGGCGACCAUCCAGACCGUCAGUAAGACUGUGCAUGAAACAGACGGGUUACGUGUUGUUGGUGCCCGGGUCUUGUCCGAGAGUGGUAAGGUCGAAUCCUCUGUAGAAUUCCCCAUGAUUACACCCCCAAGUUCGGAACCUUUAGCUACUUCAACCUACUCCUGCAACCAAAGCAUGGCUCACUCUGUUACUCCCGAGACACAAGAGCACUCGGUAUCCACCCUCGAGAGGAGCCACAUGGAGGCAUCAAAAGAAUCCGCCGUCCGCAUGGAAUCUGUGAUGGAGGGCGUCAGCCAAUCAUCACAGUCCAUUAAGAGCUGCAGCCAAUCAUCACAGUCCUUCCAGAGCUCCAGCCAAUCAUCACAGUCCAUCCAGAGCGCCAGCCAAUUAUCACAGUCCAUCCAGAGCGCCAGCCAAUCAUCACAGUCGAUUCAAAGCGCCAGCCAAUCAUCGCAGUCCAUCCAGCGCAUCAGUCAGUCAUCACAAUCCGUCCAAGGCGUCAGUCAGUCACAAUCGAUCGAAGGUGUCGUCCAUUCACAGGCCAUGGAAGGCGUCAGCCAAUCGCAGGCCAUCGAGGGAGUCAGUCAAUCUCAGUCAAUCACGGAGGCGCCCGCUGAAGUCCCCGCAGUGAGUCAGUCUCAACCCGAGCCACAGACAGUAGACGAAAACGCUAACUCUAUCCAAGAGCAACAGGAGACUCUCGUAGAACAACCAGCUGCCGAACCAGAACCUAUUAAAGAACCGGAGCCUAUUGUAGAACCAGUCAAAGAACCGGAGCCUGUAGUAGAACCAGAACCUAUUAAAGAACCGGAGCCUAUUGUUGAACCAGUCAAGGAACCGGAGCCUGUAAUAGAACCAGUCAAAGAACCAGAACCUGUAGUAGAACCAGAACCUAUUAAGGAACCGGAGCCUGUAAAAGAACCAGUCCAAGAACCGGAGCCUAUAAUAGAACCAGUCCAAGAACCGGAGCCUGUAAUAGAAUCAGAGCCGGUGGUGGAAGCUGUGGCUGAACCCGAACCUAUUAUUGCUACUGCACCCGAACCCGCCGCACCCCCCGACCCCGAGCCCGUGAUUAAAGAAGCUCCAGUAGAACCCCCUCCUGUCGUCGUGGAAGUGGAGGAGAUUAGCCAGGAGAACAUCAAGACCCAGCUGCAAGAGAUCAUCAGUGAAAUAGAACAGGAGGUGGUGUCAGAGCAACAAGAGGAGGAGGAGGAGGAGGUACAGAUACAGGCGGGUCAUGAGGUGGUGAAGGAGGUGGUAAAAGACGAGGGAGAUCAACCCGUGGAGGUAGAGGAGGGGGAGGAGGUCGAGUAUUACGAUGAGGAUGGCGUGUUGCAUCACACAUGGAAACCCAAAGGGAAAUAUGAGGUGCCAAAGACGACCGUCACGUACGAGGAUGUUGUGCCCAUCAGUGUACCCGAGGUGCAGUUUACCGAGGUGGAACCCAAGCCAGAACCACCCAAGCCUCAGCCGCAGCCGCAGCCACAGCCGCAGCUACAGCAGGUGGUGGCGCCUCAGAACCUGCAGGGUAUGACCAACGGCGGCUUCUCUCCCGGGGCCCUCUCUCCCAUCGAGAUCCCCGAAGGCAUACCCCUCCUUGCUCGCAUCCUGCCCAAGGUUGACCAUGGAGAGGAAGGGGACAAAAAAAUUAGCCUGGAGAGACUGUUUACCCCAGCUACUGAUUCUGGGGACAUGACGCCGUUGAAAAGUACGUCCAAGAAGGCCUACGCCUCCUCCUCCUUCUACCGCCCUGACCACCCGACCAUCGAUGACCAGGUGGAGUUGGCGCAGCGGAUCUCCUUCUCGUUGGUAGACGAGAAUAAUAAGAUGAGCCGCGGACAGUCCAUGUACAUGAAGCGGAAGAAGAGGUCCAUGCGCUGGAUCCAUCAAGGAGGCGAAGGCGAGGAGGACUACUCAGGACCUGGAUCUGGAACUGAAGGAGUCGAGGAUGAGGUUACUCCACGAGCCCCGACGUCACGUCGUCCAGUCUCCAUGCCUCCCCUACACGAUACUGAAGGCAAGAAACCGGCCAUGAAGUUGUUGAUGAAUCCCAAAGGCGUGCAAGACUUCCACGCAGUUCAGGAACAUUACCAGACCCUCAUGAACGCCGCGCCUCCCAGUCCCGAGGUGGGCAAGAUAGUGACAGAGGUACAGAGCCCAACCGGGAAAGGAGCGGAACUCUUCGCUAAAAGGAAGAAGCGGAUGGACAAAUUUAUUGUGGACGAGACGACGGUGCAAAAGGCGCAACAGCAGACCACCACCAUGACCCAGCAGUCGUUCAGCAGCUCUUCCAACUUCAGCAGCAGCAGCACCGGCACCAGCAGUUAUAGCACCAAGAAACAAGCUGAACUUGAGCGGGACCGACAACAGGAACAAAUCUUGGAGCAGUUUCUGAGGAGCCGGGAGUCGAGCAUCACCAUGGUGAAGACGCCGUGGGAAGCAGCCCUAGAGACUGGAUGUGCCGCUAAUGCCUUCGACGAUAAGAGAAAGAGGAUGCAGUUGGCAGACACCGUGUGUGAACGAGCGGACGCAAAAGCAGCAGGAGCGCCCUGGUUGGAGAUGCCCAAACCCGUGCCUCUUGCCGCCCCACAGUUCUCCGCGCCACCACCACUUGCCUCAGGCACCGGAGCCAUCUAUACGGCCGAGGUGAAGGUCGUGCAGCGCGCCUCCCUACCGCCUACACCAGUCAUUGACUUACCCCAGCACUCUCUGCUAGAACUCAUGACUGAUGAUAAGGAUGACAAACGUCGCUCCAUGAGCUUCAACCUCGCUGCCAAGGGGUGGGGCACCUACAAUAAGUUCUACACGCCGGUCACCUUCGCCACGUAGAAGUUACAACAUUAGGUGCUCGACAGUCUACAAGAGCCUCGGUUUAACGGUGGCGAGAAAACAUCCCAACUAACUCUGCUGGGUUUCAUAAUUAAUUAUUAUUUGUACAGUGAAUCAUUCAUUUGCUCUAAACCCAAUAUAAAUUGUUUGAAUGCUAUUCAUUUGUUUCUUGCCCUAACAAAUUAUUUCAACCGCUGUGAAUUUACCACCUGACGAAUUUUCUUUUCUUUUUUCCUCUUUCUUUUCUUUCUAUGGGUAAAUCGUGGUCAGAAAAAUGUUAUUUUUGGGUUAGUUAUCCAAUCCCUGUUGAGUUUCCUUUUUAUUGUAUAGUUCAGUCAUAAAUUUUGCUUAGAUUGGAAAGCAUUCAUAAUCGUUCUCAAGUAGGGAAAUAGGAUCUUUGAAUUUACCUCACACAGAAAUGUCCAUUGUCUAGUUCUGGCUAUUGUAUAAUUAUUUGUAGUGCUCUGCGAUGGCGAUGAGUGUCCUUUUGUGAUAAGUAUAUAUUAUUAAGUUCCUCCUAUGUUCUGAUGACUGAAACUGCUGCCGCAACAGUUUCUCAAGGGAUGAUACCCAGUACAGGUAAUAUAGCCUUGCUUCUCCCUCUAAUUCUCAGAGGCCAAAGCACUCCACCCCAUAUUGCUACAUUCUAAAACCUCACUUGAACAUUUGUAAAUACCGAACCAUAUAUCUUCCUUUAAAAAAAAUGAUUCUAAAGUAUUGAUCUCAGGUGAGGUUGACGAGUGUGGGAAAAUAGUCAAGGUAUCAAGGACUGUUUUAACCUUUGUUGUGCAUUUUGGGUGCUAGCAGGUCCGCGGUGCCCUGCAGCUCUGUGCGUCCCUGGCUCACAAGAACUCGCCCGCGUCUUAUGUACGGAAGUUGAGUAUUGUUUCUGAUUACACAUCAAUAUAUUUUCCAGCCAUUUGCUUAAUAACUGUACCUUCAUCAUCUCACUGCUGUGUGGUGAAAGAAAUAAGUUUAUCAAUUUCCGUAGACAAGACGGUUUACGCUUGCCCCCCCGCGCUGGGCUGCAUGACGCACUGGUGUUAGGUGGUCCUUGUUGGCUGUCAACUGAACCACCCACACCACGCCUACGGGCCUGUUCACACUGCACUGCCUAAAGCUAUGUAUCUUGUGGACAAAUAAAACAUGUACUGUACUA